AUGGCAGCAAGGACAAUUUACUUUGGACGGUUCAUAUCUACACCGAAGCCGGACGAGCUGCUGAUACAAACCGGUGCUGUUCUUGUAUCGAGCAGAGAUGGAAGGGGCGUCAUCGAAAAUGUGGACUGGACUGUCAAUGGCCCCGACGAUGCACUCAGCAAGUUUGGCAUUGAGGUUCCCGUGAUCACGGCUCAUGACAAUGGCUUUUUCUUUCCAGGUUUCAUUGACACACAUAUUCAUGCUUCGCAAUACCCCAAUGCUGGAAUUUUCGGAAAGUCAACUCUCUUAGAUUGGCUGACAACCUACACAUUCCCCCUUGAAUCCUCAUUGGGCAACGUCAAGUCUCCCAUGUACAAAGACUCGGCUGAGACGCCGAACCCCUUGAGCAGAGCCAAAGCCGUCUAUAACCGGGUCAUUUCACGGACCUUGGCACACGGAACGACCACUGCAUCAUACUACGCUACAAUCCACGUCGACGCCACUAAUUUGCUGGCUGACAUCGCAUUCGACAAAGGCCAAAGAGCGUACAUUGGACGAGUAUGUAUGGACCGACCCGAGACUUGCCCAGAUUACUACCGUGAUGAAAGUACGGAGGUCUCGAUAGCAAAUACGAAAGCCAGCAUCGAACACUGCAAGUCAUUGGACCCUAGUGGGGAGCUCCUGGCACACAUCAUCACACCGCGAUUUGCACCGAGCUGUUUGCCUGAGACUUUGACUCAAUUGGCUGCUUUGGCGAAGGAAGGGGACCUCAGGGUACAGACACACAUCUCGGAGAAUCUGAACGAGGUUGAGCUGGUGAAAGAGCUCUUCCCAGAACAGAAAAACUAUACCGAUGUCUACGAUCAUCAUGGACUGCUGACACCACGUACUAUCCUUGCUCAUGCCGUGCAUCUAAGCAAAGAGGAGAUGCAGGUCAUUAAGCAGCGGAAAGCUAAAGUCAGUCAUUGUCCAGCCAGUAAUAGCGCUCUGGGAAGUGGGUUCUGCCCUGUGCGAGUCAUGUUGGAUGAAGGGAUCGAGGUCGGCCUGGGCACCGAUGUCAGCGGAGGCUACAGCGCCAGUAUCCUGGAUGCAGUCAGGAACGCUUGCAUUGUGAGCCGACAUGUGGGCUUCGUCAAUGGCGGUGAUAGUCGCUACAACCUCGGGGUGGCAGAGGGACUAUGGUUAGGAACAAUUGGUGGGGCUAAGGUGGUUGGAAUGGAGGGUCGACUUGGCGGGUUCGAGAAGGGGAUGUUGUGGGAUGUGCAAGAAAUCGUGCUAGGUGAUGUCAAGGGCAGCGGAGACGGUGAAGAUACAGACGUGGAUAUCUUCGGGUGGGAGAAUUGGGAGAAUAGAGUGGCCAAAUGGGUGUGGAAUGGUGACGAUAGAAAUGUUCGCAAGGUCUGGGUGGGCGGAAGAUUGGUUCACGAACGAACACCGUAG